GUUGGUCGCUGCCCCGGAAGUGAACGCUGACCAGGAACAGGACCGGUGAAUGGAUUUUAUUUUAUUUAUUUAUUUGCUGUAAAAUAAAAUUUACUUAAUUUUCUUUUAUCUGAAACAGAACUAGAGAGUUAAUUUUAUUUUAUUUUUAUUUAAUUUUGCCGCGAGACCACAUUUUCUCGAAAAACAAGAUAAAUGGCCUCUGAAGGAACCAUAGACUGGGGCGACUGUGAGGAGAAGGAGAAGGUUUGCCAGCAGAUGGAGGCUUUGUUAAAAAACGUACACGCUGGUCUUCCCGACCCGCUGACGGCUCCCGUAAAGCGCUCCCUGGUUAAAGGGGACUAUCUCUACUUCCAUUACGGCUGCGAUGGACAAGACGACCGGGGCUGGGGCUGUGGGUACCGAACCGUCCAGACCAUGGCGUCGUGGAUUCACCUGAACAGGUCCCCGGUUCGAAACCCGAGCAGAAUCGCUCCGAGCCUCGCGCAGAUCCAGCGAGCCUUGGUGACGAUGGGGGACAAGCCGGGCUCCUUCUCGGGCUCCAGGGAGUGGGUUGGGACAUUUGAAGCCUCCCUGGUGCUGGACUUCUUCUGCCGGGUUCCCUGUAAGGUGGUGCACGUCAGAGGCGGAGGCGCCGAGCUGGAGCAGGUGGCGGUGGAGGAGCUCCGUCAGCACUUUGAAAAGCACGGCUCCCCCGUCAUGAUGGGAGGAGACAGAGACAAUUCCUCCAAGGGCUUGUUGGGGGUGUGCACCGGGGACCGGGGCAGCUACUUACUCGUUGCUGAUCCUCACUACUUUGGGAGGCAGCUGGAGAGGACGGAGCUGCAGAAGAGAGGCUGGGUGGCGUGGAAACCUGUCUCCUCCCUGGAUCAGUCCUCCUUUUAUAACCUCUGUAUGCCUCAGACUGCUGCUAAGGGAGUAUAAGAGCUCUGUCGGUGCCAGUGACAUUUUUAAUGCGUGCAAAACCAUAACAUUGCUACCAUGUGCAGAUUCUACUAACAGGAGCUGCACUGCCAUCUAGUGGUUGAAUGGUGGAAGUGUCUGGUACAAGUCUGUCCAUGGUUCCAAUAAAUUGCUGUCAUGCAUCAA